AUGGGCCGUACCUCAGCCCAAUGGAAAUUUAAGCAGACGAAACAAGCGUUUCACGUGGUGCAGGAUGGAUACGAAUUUUUCGGCAAUCGUCAUCUUGUGACUAUAUUUUCUGCGCCGCAUUACUGCGGCCAGUUUGAUAAUGCCGCUGCGAGUAUGAUUGUUGACGAGAAUCUUGUCUGCUCAUUCCAGGUUCUAUUCUACCUUUUCAGAAGCGAAACGAUCUCCCUUACACACUCUACUUGGCGCGCAGCCAUACAGUUCAGCAAAUUCGAGGUUGCAGAUCGAUAG